UCCAGGCCUCCAGCGCCUCCUCCCUUGGACCCACCAGUCCCGCCUGAGCCCUCCGCCUUCUCCGCCCCCAGGUGUUUGCUGCCUGGUCCUGGUAGCGCUGAGCCUGUGGCCAAAUAGAGCUGCUGCCCCAGGGCCACCUCCUGGCCCCCCAAGGGCCUCUGCAGACCCUCGGGCUGAGCUGGACAGCGCCGUCCUCCUGACGCGCUCCCUCCUGGCUGACACUCGGCAGCUGGCCGCACAACUGAGAGACAGAUUCCCAGCCGACGGGGACCACAACCUGGACUCCCUGCCCACCUUGGCCAUGAGUGCAGGAGCACUGGGAGCCCUGCAGGUAAGAGCAGGAGAGAUGGAUGGGGGUGAAGGUGGGAGCUGGGCAGUGGAGGGGGUCCUGGGGGGUUGGGGGGCCACAGUGGGUAUGUGCUAUGUGCUCCUGAAGCUCCUCAUGCCCUGUCCCCAGCUCCCAGGCGUGCUGACACGGCUUCGGGCAGACCUGUUUUCCUACCUGAGACACGUGCAGUGGCUGCGCCGGGUGGGAGGCCCCUCCCUGAGGACCCUGGAGCCUGAGCUGGGAGGCCUGCAGGCCCGGCUGGACCGGCUGCUACGCCGGCUGCAGCUCCUGAUGUCCCGCCUGGCACUGCCCCAGGCACCCCCAGACCCGCCAGCGCCCCCCCUGGCCCCACCAGCCUCAGCCUGGGGAGGCAUCCGGGCGGCCCAUGCCAUCCUUGGGGGGCUGCACCUGACGCUGGACUGGGCUGUUCGGGGCUUGCUGCUGCUCAAGACUCGGCUGUGACCCCCAACCCAGA